AUGAUCGCGGUGUUGGUGGCCACGCUAUGUUUGACGGUGACCGGAGACGACGGCGGCGGAGCGUCCGCGGCCACGCUCACGCGCGUCGUGACCACGCGCUACGGUAAGCUGCAGGGCGUCGUCCACACGGUAGAAGCCAUGUCCAGGCGGACGCCCUCGAGCGCGGGCACCGGCAACGACGCCAACGACCGGUCCCCGUCCGUCGACACGUUCCUCGGCGUCCCUUACGCUACGCCGCCGAUCGGGUCCAAUCGGUUCGGUCCCACCAGGACGCCGACACCGUGGGACGGCGUCCGGUUGGCCGACGCGUUCGGGCCCGUAUGCCCGCAACGUUUGCCCGACGUGUCCAACGAGACGGCCGCCCUUCAACGCAUGCCUGUCGGUCGACUCGUCUAUCUCAAGCGGCUGUUGCCUUACCUGCGCAACCAGAGUGAGGACUGCUUGUACCUCAACAUCUACGCACCCGCCCAAGUAUGCAACUUCUUAUAA